AUGUAUCGGGUGAAGACUGAGGUUCAAAUCGCACAAGCAUCCUACAGCCACUCAUCUUUGGACGACUCAGCUCAAUUUGUCGAGCCCCAUCGAAGAGCUGCUUUGCAUGGCUCCAGGCGCGUUGUCGCGGAGGACAAAUGGAAACGGGGUAUCGACGUUUUGUUGACCAGCGGCUGGCCUCUGGGCCUCGACCAGCGCCUGGAGGCUGCCGCAAAGCCUCCAGAAGUGGAGGGCUCUCGCUGGCAGGAUGCUGCUGCACCGCCAUUUGCGGAGCUUUGUGCGGCGCUCGAGCCACGCUAUCACAUAUGUGGUACAGCAGACAUCUUCUACCAACGGACGCCAUUUAAGGCACUGCGGAGGGAGCAUGCCUGUCGCUGUAUAGGCCUCGGUCGCGUUGGGAGCACCUCGAAGCAGCGGAAGUGGCUCCACGCUUUCUCGCUCAGUCCCAUGGACUGCAUGAAGAAAGAGGACCUCAGGCUGUUGCCUUCAGGCACCGGCGCCUGCCCCUUCGCGGCACCUGCGGCCCGGCGGGCAGAGGCAGAGGUCUCCGCCAGCCGGCCCGAGAAGCUUGCCAAGGACCACGGGGCCGGAGAGGCCGCCUUGGCUGCGCUGAUGGCCGGGGAUGCCCCCGCCUUUCAGAAGGCCCUGCUGGCCUUGAAGGAGAGCGUGGUGUGGAUGGGCAACGUGAAUGCGGAGGUGGAGCGGCCCAGCAAGAAGGCGAAGACCGAGGAAGAGCCGAGGGAAGCUCCGCUGCUUGCGGGACCUUCGCCCGUCUCCAGCGAGAGGGACCCGGCCGAGGACGAGGAGGAGGAGGACGCGGCCGAGGCGGCUGCUGCUCGCCAGCAGGCGCAGGAGAAUCUGAGCAAGCCGCCCAAGAAGGGCAUCGUACGAUAUACCUUCAGAGACGAAGGUUUGCUUGGGAUACGCUUGUCCCGAGACGUGCCUCCUUGGAUUUUGGAGGUUAGGGAAGGGACUCUCUCGUACAGAAAGAACCCUCGCGUUCCAGUCGGUGGGGUCGUCAUCGCCAUCAAUGGUUAUGACCUGUCCAGCAAAGAGAACCCAUCGGCCAUCAAAGCUGGCAAAGAGGCCGGUCGUUCUGGACGUCGACUGGCCCAUCGAUAUACCGAUGCCUGCUGCAAGCUCUGCUUAGAGCGGAAAAAUCAAGCUAUGCACAUAGGGCCUCUGAAUCUGAGCCUGCGAAAGAGAAAAGAGAAAGUGUUUCACCGGAUAAGAGCCAUCUUUGCGCUGUUUUCUUUUCUUGGCAUCGCUGCUCUUAGCUGGGCCGACGCCCGUGACCACGAGGAGGCUUGCAAGUUUUCACCUGCAGGCUGGUUGGUGGGGUUCGGCAUGGACAGUGGAGGGCCAGGCGCGGCGCAGGCUGCGCAUGCCCAGGCGGGGCAGCAAGGUGGAACAGUUCCACUUGAGCAGGUGGACCGGCUUCUGAGGCAGCGGCUGGAACAAGCUUUCAAUGGUGUUUUCGGCGAACUUUUGGCCACAACGGAAAAGGCGGCGGCAGCUGCAGAGGCAAGCGCGAGCUCACACAAGACAGAAAGUAUGAUGAAGGGCCUGAAGGUAGACACUUUCAAGCCCACCACCAGAGAGGAGGAGCUUCGUGGAUGGAAAGAGUGGUGGUUUGGGUUUUCUACUUAUGUGUGUGGGCACGACCCUGCCUACGAAGAUGAUUUCAAGGCAAUCGACCUCAGUGUGGAGGUGGACCACAGUCUAAUGAGCGACCCCGAGGUCGAACAAAGCAGGAAACUUUACAGCCUGCUUUGUUUUUUGCUCAAGGGGCGACCUUUGCUGUUGAUCAAAGGGCUGGAGUCCUCAAAGAACGGCAUCGAAGCUGUUCGUCUACUGCGUCUUGCCAUGGAGCCGCAGGAGAAGACGCGCAGCCUUGCAUUAUUGAGGCAAUUGGCUACAUGGACCUUUCAGAGUGGCGUCGGGCUACAGGAGCAGAUUGUGAAGUACGAGGAAGCUUUGAAAAUGUAUGAAGACGCAAGUGGCAAGGAGUAUCCCCAGGAAAUGGUUCUGGCGACGGUGGUGAAUGGUCUGAUGGACCCGCUUCGCAGUCAGGUGCAAAUGCGCCUGACCAACCGCACCACCUAUGCUGAGGUGAAAGAAUGGGUCAUGCAGUUUGAAAAUCUCAACGCCCCGUGGAGCUCUUCGCUGCAAGGUGGCCGCGGAGGAAGACGAGACGAGCCGCAACCCAUGGAGAUUCAAGAGCAACAAGGGCAAGGAAAGGGCUGGAACUCCUGGAACAGCUGGAGCGACGGCGGUGGCAAGUGGAAACAGCAGGCUGGAACGUGGAAGCAGUACAGUGACAACAAGGGCAAGAAUGGAAAAGGAAAGGGCGGUGGAGCAGCAAGUGUCAUCGGCGAGUUCGGCGGCUGGUGCUUCUACGGCGGCUUCGUCUUUGCCUUCGUCUGGCCCGAGGUUCUUAUGAUUAGUGCGGUUGACCUGGCUGCUUUCCCCGCGGUGCAGACCACUGUGGAGGAGGACAUCCUUGACAUCCCGGCCGGUGUCCCUGUCUUCUCCAUGGACCACACUGACGGCGACGGCCUAUACACCUUGGAGGUGGAUGUUGUCAUUGACAGCGGGGCCGAUGUUUCAGUUGCCCCUCUUCGCUUCAAGGCCUUUGGCUGCCCUACCAGGCUGUCGGGGAUCCUUAUGCAGGACGCCCAGGGCCGGCAGAUAGCUGAGGUCGACACGAGGAUCCUUGAGGUGGGGAUCAAGACCUUGGCCGGCGACGAGGUGACGAUCAGGGAGCGCUUCUGCAUAGCAAAGGUGCGGUCAACAAUCACUUCCUUGGGCCGGCUACUUCGUGCAGGCUGGCUUCUUGGAGAUGAAGGAGGGAGGCCGGUUAUACACAAAGGCCCCCACAAAGUCCCAAUACGCUUGUGGCGCAAUACUCUCACAGUUGGCGCCAUGAUCUCCGAGGUGACCGCGCCGGCCGACCACGAGGAGCCCGAAGACCACGAGAAGCCCGAGGACCGCGAGGUUGAGCCGGAGAAUGAGGGCAACAGAGGAAAGGAACGAGAGGCCAGACGGGGCAUCAACAUGCUGACUUUCGACGAUAUCGGCCCCUUGCUUCCUGAACUUGAAGAUGUUGUUCAGGUGCCUGGGUGGCACAUUGUUCCCAGCGGUCUUCCCGUGCCGGCGACCCACGCCACAGAGGAACUCGAGCUAGAACGUCCCCUAUGGAAUGUCAGCGAUUGGAGCUGGCUGGCCGUCUUUGUCAAGAUCGAGGCUAGCAAGGGCCUUCCCAAGGUCCUGGCUGAAAUCGACGAGGAGCUGGCCGGGAAACAUGACACGGUGAUGGUGCUGCAUGUGGACGAGCUGCCAAGGAACCUGACAGAGCCCAGGGAUUACUUCAAGGAGCCGUUCGCGAUGGAGGUUGUCGGCGAGGGGCGCACCCACGAGAAGGAGCAGCCCGAUGACAUUGAAGAGUUGGAAGGGGUGCGGCUGGAACAAGCCACGGCCAUGAAAGAGCUUCAGCGACAAGAUGGGUCUUCCCAAGUCCGGGCAGUCGCGAGGAAGAUGUACCAAGAGGCUGAGCGGAUCCCGGACAUGCCAAAGCUGCCUAAGCUGCCAAGUGUGAUGCAACAGCAGUUGCCCAAUGAAGUGAGGAAAACGCCAAAGAUAGAGAUCGACAACUGCUACACCUUCACGAAGCAUCGUCAUGAACUGCAAGAAAGCGAAGAUGAUGGACCCAGGGCCCCAGACGCCCAGGGCGAGGGAGAUGGAGAUGAUGCCGCCCGCAGUCCCGAAGCCGAGGCUGAGGAGCUCAAGGUUGCCCCUGGCCAGAGCGUGCUCUUUCAAGGGGACCCUGAACCCUCGAUUCGGCAAGUCAUCAAUGCAUGUGAGGCCUGUCGCUCCAGAGUAGGAUUAGAGCCUCAAUCGCCUCAAUCGAAGGCCACAGACACGUUUACCCCUGGGUCAUGCGACAUGCUGGGUGUCAAGGAAUGGGGCACACCUGAUCGGAACGGCCGAGAGGAUCCACGAAACCCGCUCCGAACGGAUGAAGGCCUGGGCCUGGGCCUGGACCUGAUGAAGCGGCGUCGGACCCUUCCUCAAGCCCAAGUUCGCGCGGUGGCAGAGGAGGUGACCAAGACAACAGCCAACAGGCACGAGAACCAAGCAGACCACAGGAGGAAUCACAACAGCGACUUCAAGCACAAGGGGGUGACCACAGCCAACAGGCACGAGAACCGACCAGACUACAGGAGGAAUCACGACAGCGACUUCAAGCACAAGGGGGCGAAGCUGGCAUGGAUGUCAGUGGGAGUGGUGGGGUCGCAAGGGAAAGGGCAGAGGAGCUUGUCGGGCUUGACUGACGGCUGGGACCCUCAAGUCGAAGAGGUCUUGGAGGAGGAAUGGUACAACGUAGAUGGUCUAGAUGAGAACGAGGACCUCUCCCAGCACGAGCUCUUGACUACCAAGCUGGACGCCUACCUCAACGUGGACCAGCCGAGCAAGGUGAUUAUCCAGGUGAGCGCCGACCUCUUCGAGGAGGGUGGCUCAGGCUCAAGGACCCUCGUGCUCGAGAAGCUGUUGCCGGGGCAAAGAGUGGGAGCUAGCAGCUGGUACGAGAUGGCCAAGAGCAUCCUAGAAGAAGCAAAGAUGGUGAGCUUUUCAAAGGAGGCGACGGUGUUCAAGGCGAUAGGUGGCGAAAAGAGCGCAAUGAUCUUGCAUGCAGAUGACGGUCUGCUCGCCUCCACCAAGCCUGAGCGAGAGCAGAUGAUUGGAGUUUUCGCCAACAAGGUCAAAGUUCAAGUUGGCUCCCCCAUGGUGGAAGAAGGAGAUAUGUGCGAGUUCUUGAAACGAAAGUACGUGCAUGUUGCAAGGGGAGUGGCGGUGUACUCCAACGGCAAGUACCUCGAGGCCCUCCUCAAAGCAGCCGGCAACAACAUCAAGAGGAGAGACAGCCCAGCGGACCAGACCUUCCAGGAGCCGGACGACACGAAGGAGCUCGACCCAAGGGGUGCGAAAAUGUUCAAGGAGUGCGUGGGCCGACUCUUGUAUUUAUCGCAUUCCCGACCUGACAUUCAAAUGGAGGUCAAGGCGAAGCAGAACGAGCAUCCAGCUCUACGUGGGAGGUGGACUGGUUGGCAGCAUGGUCCGCAGCCAACGGUCCAUCGCCCGUAG